AUGCCUCCCCCGUCAUCAAGUUCGAUCCUGCACCUGAACACGCUUCCUGAGCCAUUUUUCGUGGUACAGUUAGGCCCUAAAGAUGUAAUUCCUGUCACGAUCCAGGAUGCACUCUGCAAACCAAGCGACCGAUUCCUGUCUGUAACGAGGACGCCCGAAGAAGUCUCCAUCGUUGGAGAAGAGUACGACGGGAUGCCAGAACAAUUCCGUAGCCACUCAACCUGGACAUGCAUUAAGAUCAAGGGCCCCAUGGAACAUGGGUUGGUCGGUGUGAUGGCUGCCUUUACUGCACCUCUGAAGGAGGCAAAGGUCCCUGUAUUUGCCAUUUCUACAUGGAACACAGACUUCGUUUUGGUGCCUACUGCACAGGUCACCAGCGCCGUACAGGCCCUCGUUCAGGAUGGUUGGGUAUUUGAAGCAGAAAAUUAG